GUGCGAAUGUGGGGCACGACUGAACACUAAAUGAAUGUCUGAUUCAGUUUCAUGAGUCGUUGAAUACAUUUCGUGAAUAUGUUGUCAAUUGAAUGACAAUCAAAGACAUCGCGACAACCAUUGCAUCCAAUAAUGAGUGAUAAUAGCGACACAUCUGACAAGAAGUGUGCUGAAAAUGAGAGACAAUGCUUUUGCAUAGACUUAAGUGAAGUGCAGCGAGACUUCAAACGAUUAAAAGUGGAGGAAUCGGACAAAGAGUCACCGAUUAGAUCCAAAUGUGAUAAUCAUAUGAACGCAAACACCAAUUACUUCGCACUCAAGUCGAGUCCAUAUUCACCGAAAAUGAGUUGCCACGAAAGGAGACAAUCGAUGAGUGGUUUGCGUCGACAAAGACCUCAUUCGUUGUCAUCGACUAAAGUGAGACAUAAUUCACACAAUGGUUUGGAUGUGAAGACAAACGCAUCCAAAGAGGACGAGUCUCUUCGUGUGUCUCAAGACAAGAGCAUUUGCAGUGAUUUCGCGGAUUUGAAACUCAAUUUGGCGGACAAAUGGCAACAAAACGAGAAGUAUUUGUAUUUCGCGAAACACUGUUCAGUUGAGAGCAAUGACUGGAGGGAUAGGUUUGCCGACAAUAAGGACAGUAAGGAGAAGAAGGCCACAAACAGUGACCACAAUAUCACGAGUAAAGUGAAGGCAAAUAAGGGCCGAAAGUUGCGGAUCAAAGAGCAGCACAAGUCAUGCGCCCGACAGGCCUUAUGUGACGCGAGUGUGAGUGCGAGUCAUCCCUCAUCGGACGCGUCUGUGGAGGAAUUGUCCGCUUAUUUCGAUGACACGCUAUAUCUGCCCCGAAAGAUGUCUUUUAUGGCGGAAUCCAUUUACUCAUAAAUUCUAUACUUUUCGCACAUUUCUCGUCAACUCUUUGUAACGUUUAUAACAUUCAUCUCUUUGUCUUCAUUACAAUUAACGUAUUUAUUGAUUUGGCCUUAAAAUUGAAAUUAGCGUUCAAUUGCAGACUAAAUAUUAUGCCAA